CGACCAGACAACUCUGCUCAACUCAUCAAAGUGUCGAACGCCCGGUUAAAUUGCCGACUCCUUUCGCGGCUUCGCCCACCGGCAAGCUCCAGCACGCAGCACGGCAGCACCGCCACUCCACCAGGCGCCAGCACCGCAGCACGUAUUAUCAGUGGUCGCUUACUCGCCUCACGCCCGUCGCCCGGUCGCCUGCUCUCCGCCACUCACCCUUCGGCGGUUAGGCCAAUCCGCCCUUCUCAAUAGUCACCCAACCUUCCCUAGUUCCGGGCUGAACAUCACCACUUUGAGGGUCAAAGAAGUAGCUCUCAAUUCAACUAUCUAGUUCACUUCAUGGGUGCCGGAGCGUCUGCGUGAGACUUCUCGCCACCUCAAACAAACAAACUGACCAUUGUUUUUGGGAAUACACCUAGUUUCAGAAUUCAAGGAGUGCCUUGAUGAUCGUUAACUGUAUCAAGAAUGUGGCGUAAUGGCGGGAGCCUGCUGAGGAGGGCCUCGCUAUUCCUAACCAUACCCGCCUACUCACCAUCGUCCUCAUCAAGCCAAAGCAGCACAAUCAGAUGUCUCAUCAUCGGCUCGAAUGCAGCAGCGUCAAGUCCCAGCGUAUCGAUAUGGAGGCGCAAGAAGGAAAUUGGGAAGGAAGGUUUAAUGGUGGCCAAGGAGCUCAAACGGUUACAGCCGUACCCGAUCCGUCUUGAGCGAUUCAUGAACUCUAGGGUAUCUCGGCUUCUCAAAUCUGAUACGGUUGCCGUCCUCGCCGAGUUCCAAAGACAGGACCUUGUCUUUCUUUCUAUGAAGAUGUAUGAGGUGGUGCGGAAGGAGAUAUGGUAUCGACCAGAUAUGUUUUUUUAUAGGGAUAUGCUUCUGAUGCUUGCAAGGAACAAAAGAGCUGAGGAGGCAAAGCAGGUGUGGAAAGAUUUGAAGAAUGAGGGAGUCCUUUUUGACCAGCAUACAUUCGGCGACCUCGUGAGGGCAUUCUUGGAUGGUGGAUUGCCUGAGGAGGCAAUGCAUGUUUAUGAUGAAAUGAGAAGCUCCACCGAGCCCCCUUUAUCUUUGCCUUACCGAGUUAUUUUAAAAGGGCUUCUUCCUUAUCCCGAUUUGAGAGAGAAGGUUAAGGAUGACUUUCUAGAACUCUUCCCAGGCAUGAUCAUUUAUGACCCUCCUGAAGACUUGUUUGAUGAUGAAGACCCGAGAAGUGAGAGUGAGGAGGAUGAUUGAAAGGGCUUCUUCCUUAUCCCGCUUUGGCGAUUUGAGAGAGAAGGUUAACGAUGACUUUCUAGAAUUCUUCCCAGGCAUGACCCUCUUGAAGACUUGUUUGAUGCUGAAGACUCGGGAAGUGAGAGUGAGGUGGGUGAUUGAAUAACACAAUAAAGCAAUGGUUUUUAUUUUGCUUUGGGAAAUUUUUUAUGUACAAGUGGGUUGUCAAAAUGUACCAAAGUGAAUGCCUAAAACUCGGGAUGGGCACAGGUGACAGGUCAAAUUAGAGAGAUGCAACUUCCUUUUAAAGAGUGUCACAUGUGUUGGUUCGGUCCGAGUUAUCGGCUCCCUUUAUUUUGCGGAAACUAAAACCGAGGAGUAGUACACCCCCAAAGUUUGCCAGAAUACUAAGCAUGUUUUUACUUUGUGGACAAAAAAUUUCUGGUUUGAUUUGCUUUGAAUUGGUCUGGUCUGGUAGAUGUCUAAUUUAUGUGUAUUUAUAACUAUAGAAGUUUGAUCUGUUUAAGUUUGGACUUGUCUGAUUUGUUCUGGUCUGAGAAAAGUUCAAGUAUAAACAACAUCAUAACGAGGAGUUUCCAAUUUAUUUCUAAACCUUUUCUAUGUACUCCACUAAAUAAAUGAGAAAAAUGUCAAAUUGGCC